AUGGCGAGCUCUGACGCCGAUCGCAGAGACGAGGAAGAAUCUCACGGCACCCCUACCAACGAGGAAGAGGACACCGGAGCUCAGAUCGCCCCGAUCAUCAAGUUCGAGGAGGUCGCUGUCACCAACUGCGAGGAGGACGAGGAGGCCAUCCUCGACCUGAAAGCGAAGUUGUAUCGGUUCGAUAAGGAGGGGAACCAGUGGAAGGAGCAAGGUAUGGGGAGCGUGAGGCUGCUGAAGUACAAGGAGACCGAAAAGGUUUUGCUGGUUAUGAGGCAGGCCAAGACCCUCACGAUUUGCGCAAAUCAUUAUGUAUUUCCGAUGAUUAAGAUGCAGGAGCAUGUUGGGAAUGAUAAGUCUUGUGUUUGGCAUGCGCCUAAUUUCUCUGAUGGGGAGUUGAAGGAGGAGAUGUUCUGCAUUCGAUUUGGAUGA